AUGGGUCUGUGGUUCUAUCAGAUAGCAUGGAUUUAUAUUAGUUUUCUACAAUUUAUACAAGGAUCGUAUUGUCCCCAAACUACAUUCCCAUUAGUUCUUGGAGGAAAUAGCGGAGAAACUCACCUCAAAUCAAUUGACAUGGAUAUUUAAGAUAAUAUAGCGUUUGCUGGUUACUCAUUUGAUUCAGCCAUUUUAAAAAUCUCUUCAAAUUAAAAGCUUCCAAUUAUGGGUUUAAUAGGAGCAGGGGGAGAGUAUUAAUGGGCUAAGACCUCAGAUUUGAAUGGUUAGGAAUUUACUACUAUCAAAUUCAAUGAAGCCUAAGAUCAGUUAGUAGUUAUUAACAGUAUCCAUCCAUUGAUGAUCAUAAUAGUGCAAGCCUCAGAUGGAACUUUACUUAAAUGCAUUUAAGAUACUGUUAAUCUAGCUUAUCCAUCUUAAGAUUCUAUUCUUAGUCUUGGCUCCAAUAACGAUAUUUAUUUUGGAUUAUAAGAUUCGAAUAGUCAUUAUCUUUUAGCGUCUAUAAAUAGCGGAGGCUCAUCCGGGAUACUCUUUAAUUAAGUAGGUUAACCUCUUGAUUUAGCCUUUGGAGGAGAUCAUAAUUAUGCAUAUUUCGCUGGUUAUUUAACUAUUUCUGGUAUCCAAACUGGGGUAAUUUAAAGUACAUCAACAGUUUACAUGAAGAAUGUAGUUAUCAAAUAUGAUCAAGUCAAAAAUCAAAUUGUUUAGACAAAAAGACUUCAAUAUUCAUCUGGUCUAGCUUCUUGCUAGCAUAUAAGAAUAAUUUCAUCUACUUAACUAGAGACUAUCUAUAUCACACCGACUUUAAAAAUGUAUUAAAUUACAGUUGAUUUCGAUACUUUAUCUGCUACAUCAACAUAUAUUACACAUUUUUCUUAGUCAACCUAUUACCUGUAUACUUCAUAUUAAAGUCUAAACUAUGGAUUGAUAUUGGCUGGCUAUACUAAUAACUUUGGUGGAGGACCAACAGGUAUUCCAAAUCAAUCCUAUGGUUAAAAUAUUGGCAUUAUCAUAUCUUACUCAGUUAACUAUAGAUGUUUAGGUAGUUCAAUAACUGUUCUAGCUUCGACACCACCAUUUACCUAAGAUAGUAAUGUCAUGGCCGAUAAUUCCAACCUUUAUUCAUCUUAAACAUUAACACUGAGCGAAUCUAUACUGAGCUUUACAAAUAUAAACUCUAGAUAAUCAGGUGGCAGUUUUUCAUAUUGUGUGCAUCUCAAAUAGUAUGAAUGUGAAAAAGUCUAAUUAACAACAUCUAUCAUUAAUGACUAAGUAUUUGAUCUAAGAUUAGGCGAUGGAUAUGUUAUAGCCGAAGUGAACUGGCCCUAAUCCUAUUAAGUUGAAUGUCCUUAUAAGGUAGAUGUAACUUCAAUCAGAAAUGAGGAUUCAUUGUAGUAUACUUCCUUAUCUAUAUCAUUUAUCUCGGAGCCAACUCAUUUUUAACUAAAAUCAAAUGGACUAAAUCUAGAUGGGACCUACUAAAUAACUAUAAUUAUAAAAGUGCCUUCAGUUUCAGAUUAUAUUGGUUCAUCUAACCUUUAUACCUCAUAAAUUCAUUCAACUACCUUUUAAAUUGUAGUUCCAUCCUUAUGCUAUUACAACUAAGUUACUGCAAUUCCCUAACUUGAUCCUAUUAUCGUGCAAGUUUCAAAUACUUAAGUAAUUAAAAUGAUAGAUUUUAAAGAAUCUAUGGUUGGCUGUUCAAACCUAGUAUAUUCAGUAAUUUCAACAAUACCAAGUUUUAUAAUAUUCAAAUCAUCUCUUAAAUCUAUUACAGUGGCUCCAGCAAAGGAUACACUUUCAAAUAGCAUUGAUUAAACUGAUUAUAAAAUAGAAAUAGUUGCUAAGCCAAACAUUAUAAUAAUAGACUUACCAACUCUACCAGAUCCACUAGAGUUUCUUGGCAUCAAGGAUUAUAGAAUAAGAUGUGGUGUAUUAUCGAAGAAAAAUAUUUUCUUAACAUUUGAGAAGUAACUCUAUUUUCAUUAGCUAUUUACUAUAAACUUUCAAUUCGGAGAGGCUUCCUCCUUUACAAAGUAUUAAUCAGGAUUUUUGAUAUUUGAACCAACAGAUGAUUAAUAAGGAGUUUAUAAAAUAUAUUCAGAGAUCUAGAUACUCUCUACUUUGGAAAUAAGAUUGCUUUUAUUCACUCUUACUGUUCUACCAAAGUAGAAAGUAGUUUAAAUUAAUCAUACAAGCAGCUCUUAUAAUACUGAAGAAAUAUAAUCUCCAAGUCAAAUAUACGCCUCUAUUAUUUAGAUAAGUAAUACUGGGGUAGUCAUAAUUAAAUUCGACAAAGAAAUAGAUACACUUCCUACAAAUAUCACAUAAAUAGAUUAGUAUCAGACUUUGAAAAUUUAUGUUAGAGAUGGCCUUACUGAAGUAAUAGAUCUAAAUUAGCAAAAUGUUACAGCUUUUGAAUUAAUCUCCUAUACUAGGUAAAAUCUAAAACUGCAACUAUAUUUCUCUUUCUCAAAGGGUAUAUCUCAAAAAUCACAGAAGGAUGCCCUAGUAAUUCUUUAACUCAAGUAUCCUAUUUCAUAUCACAUUUUUACUUUAGCUGCAAUGAUGGUUUUAUAAUAAGCAGGUAGUGGCAGUAAGAACACUCUGCUAUUUGCAGUUGGAAUCAAUGUAUUCUUAUAAUUAGCCAGCAGAUUUUCUAUGAAACUCUUGUGGAGAAUGAUGAGUGUACUAUAAAUGAUUGUUAGUGUGCCUUUAAUGGGUAUUAAUCUUCCCUCAAAUGUCCUAGUAGGAUUUGAUUAAUUAGUUGGUAUUACUUCUCUAAGGAUCAUUGAUUCAGCUACUAUAAAACGUUGGUUUUUUAAUUACUUAGAUAAUUCAAACGAAGGAAUAAAAGAUCAAUUUAAUAAUUCAGAUAUCUUUUGA